UUGUUUAUCAAGGAUUCAGUUAUCUUAGUUUGCAUGGUACAUACCAUAAAAUUUUCGUGAUUAAAUUGGCAUUGUACUUAUCGUUUUUUUAACAAAGUCCUCAUGUGGUUUGGAACUAAAGUCAAGUUACAAUUUAAAUUUCAGGAGGAGCCGGAGCACCUACGAAAGUUAUUCAUUGGAGGCCUUGACUUCAGAACUAACGAUGCAUCUUUGAAAGAGUUCUAUGAGCAAUGGGGUGAAAUCGUUGAUGUAGUUGUUAUGAAGGAUCCCCAGACGAAACGGUCAAGGGGUUUUGGUUUUAUUACUUAUUCCCGGGCACACAUGGUUGAUGAUGCGCAAAAAAAUAGACCACAUAAAAUAGAUGGACGAGUGGUAGAACCAAAGAGAGCUGUGCCUAGAGAAGAAAUCAAGAGGCCAGAUGCUGCAGCAACUGUUAAAAAACUGUUUGUUGGAGGACUGAAACAAGACAUUGAAGAGGAAGACUUAAAAGAGUAUUUUAGUUCUUAUGGAAACAUAGUUUCUGUGAGUUUAGUGACCGAAAAGGAUACAGGGAAAAAGAGGGGUUUCGGAUUUGUGGAAUUUGAUGACUAUGAUCCAGUAGAUAGAAUAUGCUUGCAUCCAAACCAUAAAGUAAAAGGUCAUCGCUUGGAUGUGAAGAAAGCCUUGUCGAAGUCCGAGAUGGCAGCUGCCGGGCCUGGUGGUGGUAGCAGCGGAGGUGGUGGUGGCCGUAGGGGAGGAGGACGAGGUGGUGGCGGCGGCGGAUGGGGAAACAGGCAGAACCAGGACUGGGGUAACUCGGAUGGAGGCUAUAAUUCUGGUUACGGACAAGGAGGAUGGGGUAACCAGAAUCCUUGGGACUCAAACAAUGCUGGAGGCAAUUGGGGAAACCAAGGUUAUGGAGACCAAGGAGGUUGGAACCAGCCUAACAGUAACUUUGGUACAGGAUAUCAACAGGGUUAUGGUGGUGGCCCCAUGAGGCCAAACUACAACACAUCCAGACCACAGCCAUAUAAUAACUCAGCCGAUGGUUUCGAAGGUGGCGGCGGUGGAUACGGUACUGGUGGAGGCAACGGUGGCGUGGGUAGUGGCGGUCCAGCCUACAACAACAUGGGCGGCAACCAAGCCCAGGCCGCAAACCAACGCCGGUUCUAAACAUCGACGUCCUCUUGUCUCAAGUUGCGCUUAGUUGAAGCUAGGCAGGCAGACGGUAGAGUAGUGACGGGAGGUAGGCCAGGAGGUCAGCUAGCUAGUGAGGGACAAGCGGACUUAGUGAAGCGACUGCAUUACAUAGUCAUUUUACAUUUUAUUUGCUCCUUCAAUUAAGGUUUGUUCACGAUAAGGUAUUAGAUUCAUUUUACCUAUUAAUUGUGAGUCGUUUAUCCACGCAAUCACAGUUUUUACAUUUCAAUUGACACUUUUUAUUACUUUCUGCACAGCUCUGUGUUAAUCAGGUGCCUUUAUAAAUUAAUUAAACUCUGUCCACGUCCAAUCGGAUGAUACUGUAAAAGCUGUGGCAUAAGAUUUAUAUUUGCGUUAUUAGUCAUUAAGUGAGGAGAUUUAUAUUAUUUCUGUUAAUAAUUUAAUGUAGAUUAUAUUUUUAUUUUUCAACAUUAACGUCCAUGUUUAGAUAGAGAUAGCUAUAACAUUCCAAAGUAAUGAUGUAUUUACUGAAUGCAGAAAUAAGUUACAGUAUAAUUUUUAACGAAUUAAAAUAUGUCCAAGGUAUCUUGGAUUUAGGAUAUAGGAAAAAUAAGAGAUGAUGGAAUUCGUGAAAAGAAAACAUUUAUAAAAUGUUUGUGAAUGCAUUCUAUGUAACAUAGAAUAAAAAAAAAACAAUGAAAAGGAGUUUGAUUUUGCAAAAUGAAGUAUAAUAUUAUAGGUAUUCUAUCUAAUACAAGUGUAUGAAAAUUUGUUAACAUUAUAAAUAUUAUAAUCUUUUGUAUGUCUUCAAGAUAUAUUUUAUCUUCCUUAAGUUAAGUUGUUAUAAUGUAGAGUUAUAAUUGUUUUUAUUUGUGUGCAUACAAUUAAAUAAAUGCUAUUUUCCAUGGAUUGUUCUACACGUGCGCGAGCCUUCCACCGUGGAAUAGGCCAUGGUAAGUUGACUCUUAUACAAUAAAACCACAAAAAAUCUGA